UGGGCAGCAUACAACAACUUGGGAAAUCUUGGCUAUAUACACCAAACUGUCAAUCAUACCCAAAAUUUUGUUAAUCCGGUGAAAGGUAUACAACUAACAGAGGGAAUGUGGCAAAAAGCAAAAAAUAAGAUGAAAACUAUGCACGGCACCAGUAGGGAAUUCAUUGCAGACUAC